GCCUGGGCCCGGCGUUCGUCGCCGGCCUUCCACGAGCGGUUGCAGCGGGCGGCCGCUCUGUUGGAAGGCCACCACGGCUCGUUUGCGGGCAACAUGGCGCCAGCGUCGUGGGCCACUGGCGGACGCUGCAGGGCUGCCACCGCAACGUCGUGGACCUGCCAUUUCUGCCAGGGCAGGGACGGGAACGCCUACGUCAAAAAGGCCUUCCGCGCGGAGUGCAACAUGUGCGGCCUCCGUAAGGGCAGCUGCUUCCUCGCGAAGGUGGAACCCAAGGGGCCUUCGCGGCGGGCGCCUCCGGCGGCCAAUGCGCAACGCGAGAAGGACCUCAAGGCUAAGGGGGCCGAGCUCCGCGAGCGCGAGGUCGCCCUCGACAAGGACCACGCUGGCGCUGCUGUGUCGGCCAAGGCGGACCGGCUGCGUGCCGACCUCGACGCCCUGGGCGGCAUGGAGGGCACCGGUGUCGAGCAGCUCCGCGCGGGGAAGCGGGGGCAGCUCCGCGCCCUGCAGGCCGCUCGGCUGGCGGCAAAGCUGGUUCACGCCCAGCUCAAGGAGCUGGAUGAGACGUUGCUCUGCAAGCGGAAGUUGGUCGAGCGCGCGGAGUUCAUUGACAUUCCCGCGGCC